AUGGCUGGCAGUGGACCGCUGGUCAUGAGGCACUAUGUGACAGGUUACCUCGACGCUUGUCUCGAAGAGCUCAAGGGUUGGAGUGCGAGUCUACCUGGGCGGGACCGAAGUCGAGCAGGUGAAGAGGUCGCCGGGAAAUGUACGUCACCCAUCAGUUUCGCCCCGGUCACGGUUCAGAAACCGUGCGUGAGCGUGACGGGACCCGUAAAUAGUUCAGAAAACAACGUAGGCGCUUGCAAAAAUGAUCAUUUUGCGCAAGCGCCUGCCGAGGUCACUGUUCGCUCACCAUGCGUUAUGUGUGAGGUCACGCAGGAUUUUGUUCGGUUCACCAGCGCGGAGAACGCGUGA